AGAAUUUAUUAUUAACUUACUUCAUAGUUGUCAUUUUCACUAGUGUACAAGCUUCAAGACGGGAGAGGAUCUUCUGUAUCCUCAGAAUCUACAACAGUGUUUGGUCCAUAGGUGGUGCUCAGAAAAUAAUGAAUGAAUGAAUGAAUGAAGCGAGAGUGAGUGAAUGAGGUACAGGUUGGGGACCCUAGCACCCUCUGUUUUCACACUUUCCUUGCUCUUGGUGUUUCCUAGUGGUGGAAGCUAUUACUACCAACUUCUUAAGGAUUUAGAGAAGAAAUUCAGGCAUGGGUGCUGGUAUCCACUUACACAGCUUUCUAACUGGUUGGGGUACAAAAUGGGAAGAUGAUCAGCUGCUUCACUAGCCUGAGUCCCCUUAAUUAACCAAGAAAGAGUUCGAGGUUGAGGGCAAGACAGGCAUCCAACUUUUCCUUAGGGAGGGGCUGGGCAGCAAAAUGGAAGGGCAGGUUGUGGAGGUGACUGGGCCUUGGGUGGAAUCACAACAGAAUAACAGGCAAUGGAGGAAAAGGAGAGGAAGAAAUGGAAUAGAAAGACAAAGAAAGAAAAGAAAAAGGAGAGGAAGCUGAAGCUAGAGGAAGAGAAAGGAUAAUGAAGAGAAGGGAUAGAAGGGAGAAGGAAAGGCAGGAGCAAGGCGGCCUCAGCACAUCCCAGGACAUGGAAGCUUUCCUCCCUUGCAGGGGUGGGGAGACAUCUUUCACUUGCUGAGGAGCACUGGGGUGUGCUAGUGAACUUCAUCUUUCACAUUCUAGAUUAUCUCAGAGAAGGCUCUGGGCUUCAGUUUCCCCAUCUGUAAAAUAGGCUUAGCCUCUGGCAGGGAUGUCAUGGAGGCGAUCCCAUGAGACAUGCUGUUAUAUAUUCAUACUUACUAGGUCUACUCAAGUACCAGGCCCUGGGAAAACAAAAGCCUGACACUGCUUCUAUUCAUUAGGAGUCCCAGGCUAGGGGGAGACCUAGAACAGGGACACCAAUCACCCCAAAAUUAAGAUGAGAAGUGGUAAAUGCCAUGAAGGCUAGAGUGGAUUAAGUGCUAUAGAAGACCAAGUUAUAUCCUGUUUGGAAAAGGCUUCCCAGAGGUGGCAACUUUGCUGCAGGGAAGUACUUGGCUUCUGAGACUUUUGAGUUCCCAGAUCCAUAAAGUGGCUGGAUGCUCUACACUCCAGGCCUCUAUGCCCAUCUGCUUGCUGGACACCAUCAGAUGUUCCAGAGCCAUCUUGGAUUCAAGGUGUUCCAAACUCAAUUCAUUCUUCCCUCCCAUUCCAACCCCUGGGUUUUCUGUGUCCUCAUUUCAGCAAAUGGCAAAACUAUCCAUCCAUUUACUCAAGCCAGAAACCCCGGAGUUGCACAGACUCUUUUCUCCCAGCUCCCAUAUUCAACUUCCAUGUUGCCUAAUCCAGAAGCAAAGGUGGUGGGACACUCUGUGGUGAACCUCAGAAUUGGAGAGUUUAAGCAAGAAAGGGGAAUUUAUUAUAAGGAUACAAGAAUAUCUCCAGGAUACAGCUGGGCCAUAGGAGUGAACUGGAGCUAGGGUAGCAGUUUUAAGCAUUUUACAUAUUUAAUCUUCACAACAACCCUAUGAGAUAGCUAGUAUCAUCAUCAUCAUUUCCAUUUUACAGAUAAGAAAGCUGAGAGAUUAAUUUAACUCAGUAGCUAGUAAGGUAGCAGCCAGGUUUCAAGUCCAAGCAGUUUGGCUUCAGAGUCUGUGUUAUUGACCCCUACACUAUAUUACUUCAAAUGGUAAUUAGUACUAUUUACAAAAAUUAAUGUUACCCUAUUUAAACACUAUGAAAAGUGGGGACAACUUUAGAAGACGGGAAGGGAGGAUGUAAGCACUGUUGGUGAUGUACUCAGCUGCUCUUUCCCCACCGGCUUUCCCCGCACCGUCAUUUCUCUUUAGCGCCAUCUGGCACCCACAAAGGAUGUGACGAGCCUUCGCUCUCUCGCCCCCUGCCCUCUGUCUCUUCACCCGGUCGACUCUGGUUCCUAUGCCUUUAAGAUGCCCUCUAAAAUGAAGUUGAGCACCUUGAAACUCGCUUGGAUUGGCCCAAUCUGGGUAAGGGGCGGGCUGCAGUACACUCCACAUAAAUAAUUAGUCUUUUCUGCGGCUCCGCCCCAUGCAGCUACCGCAAACACCUGUGAUUGGUCGGGGGCUCUGGAGGAGGGUUGAGAGCACGGCGCGGCGAUCUCUGGGAACGUAGAGGCCGCUGUGUUGUGGGCUGAAUGUCCUUCGCGAGUGGGGAUACGCGUGGGGCCACCGGGGGAGAGAGGAUUGCUGCCGAUGGCCCUUUCAGCUUUAGCCCGGAGCCCACGCUCGAGGACAUUCAGUGGAAGCUUGAUGAGGAGCCUAGCCCUCAAGCCUGGCCCCACAAGGAACGGCUGGCCCUUCAAGAGGAGCUUAGUGAUGUCCUCAUCUACCUGGUAGCACUAGCUGCCUGCUGCCAUGUGGAUCUGCCCCAAGCAGUGAUCUUCAAGAUGGACACCAACCAGCGAUGCUACCCAGCACAUCUUUCCUGCGACUCUGCCCGCAAGUAUACAGACUUGUCCCAUGGGGCCACCACUGAAGACCAGGCUGUGGGGCCUGCAGACCUUGCCUGCCUUGUGAGUCCAUAGACCAGGCCUCAACCUAGAAAUAUGGGCACAGGACCUGCAACUCAGCAUGGCACCUGAGGAACAGAGGGUGACCUAGGUAUAGAACUUCAUUCUAGUCCUUUCCUAACAGAUCUUGGGCCUGGGGGUCCCACUUUCUGAGGUCUGAGACCCAAGAACCUUCAGAAGACAGCCUCCUGGUAUUUUUCUCUCAAUAAAAGUUUUGGU